UUUGCAAUAACCUACCGGUGGCAUCAUUUCGUCUGUACAGAUGGCGACAUCCUUUUGUUUGUCCUCUACUGUCUCCUUGACGGUGUUUGCUUUACUGUGCAGUUGUUUUGUCAAUGGCAACAACGUGUGCGGCGAAAGAGCUCGUUCAACACACAGCACAGGCGCUAUCUAUGAUGCCUACCUGAAUCCUAGUGCUAUCAUCAACAACGCCAAUUUCGGUGAACCGUACACUUUGAAUUCACACGGAGAACUUGUAUUCCAUGCAGGAACUACACUUAAUGGACGUCUAUUUCGCAUUCCGUUGUGCAGACCGAAUAGACUGAGCGGCAGUGAGACUCUGCUUGUCGACGUCACCUACUCAAACAAAAAUCCCAUCUCACCAACCACGGAUAUGGAUCCUCACUUCAUGUUGUCUGAUGGCGUCAAGGCUGUAGGAUUUGAAAUACGAGAUAAGGCCUACUUUGCAUCUGCAUCACCAAUAGCGUCUUGCGAAGGAACCAGUGGAACAUUUCUCGCCACAAGAACGUGCUGUAGUGAAAAUAUCCGAGUUACAUCCGACCCACCGACUGUCCACUCUCUGCACUUUCGUUUGCAAGCAGGACAGCCUGCUUCAGGCAGUUGCAGCGGUUCUUACGACCGAGGAGUUUCAGUUUAUCGCAAUUAUACUGAUCCUCUGUAUUUCGAACGUGGACUCUAUUUUGAAGUCUACCGCGAUAGCCCCUCGGAGCAAUAUAUAUUUUCCUACUUUCGAAUUCAAGUACACGUUGAGAGUCUCGCCUAUUAGAAAAUGUUCAGGAGUGUUCUUGUCUGAAACAAGUGACAAUCGUUUGACAAAGCGAUGGCGUAUUAUAAAUUGUGAUAAUUGUUUGUUGUGAUGCAUGUUUAUAUCAUGUAUUGAAUUGAAUUUUCAUUGUGCAGAGCAGAA